AAGAUGAAGUUGUGGAGGAGGAGUUGGUAAAUCUGGGGGAGAAGAAAAACUCGGUUAAUUACUUGUUUCUCUCUCUAUAUAUAGGAAGUUAAAGACAGAGAACUGUAGAGCAGCUUAAUUACAGAAAGAUCAAGAGCUAGCCAUCGUCAGAAUAGGUUGCCAGUAGUAAGUGAGACUGUGAGAGUGCAUUUCGCCGAGCCUCUUGUAUUCUAUCUGUUUGCUGAAAUAUCAAAGAGUAUCAAUGGCGCUCAAGUUAUAUGGACUUCCCAUGUCCAGCUACACCACCCGUGUAAUGACGUGCCUUCAUGAGAAAGCUGUCGACUUCGAGUUCGUCCCUGUAAAUCUCUUCACCUGCGAACACAAAGAGCCUCCUUUCCUCGCCAAGAACCCAUUUGGUCUGAUUCCGGUGCUAGAAGACGGCGAUCUCACACUGUUUGAAUCUCGGGCAAUAAACUCAUAUGUGGCCCACAAGUACAAGGAUAGCGGCACUGAUCUCCUGAGGCUCAGCGAUAUCAAGGAGGCAGCUGCUGUUGGAGUGUGGAUGGAAGUGGAAUCCCAGCAAUUCAACCCAGCAAUCACCCCCAUCAUUUACGAGUUCUUUGUAGCUCCGAUCAGCGGCAAGACUCCUGAUCAGGCCAUCAUCGAUGCCAGUGCGGAGAAGCUUGGGAAAGUGCUGGACAUAUACGAGGCCAGGCUGAGCAGCACCAAAUACCUGGCCGGAGAUUCCUACACUCUGGCCGACCUGCAUCACCUGCCCUACACCUUCUAUCUAAUGAAGACUCCCUGGGCUUCACUCAUCGAGUCUCGUCCCCAUGUCAAGGCAUGGUGGGAAGACAUAUCCUCAAGGCCAGCGUUCAAGAAAGUUGCCGAGGGCAUGAAAUUUGGGGAGGAGUGAAUAUUAUUUGUAGCUCGUUCAUUUUGUAUUUCAAUGGUUCUCUGGGCUAGACUAGAAUUUCUGCUUAAUUACUCAAGUAAAGGAUCCAGGUUCUAUGGGUGGCUUUACCAUGUAAUCGAGCCCAUUUUUGCUACAAGUUUAAAAAUAAUUCCAACUAGGGCCAACAGAAAGAAUAUCCACUCACAUUGAAUAGUUGACGCAUA